AUGUCGUCUGAGGUGGCUGAUAACAAUGGAUGCGAGGAGAGUACAGGGGAUGAGUAUUAUUACAUAGAUAAAAAUCAGCAUUAUGAGACGUUAAAGCCAUCAUUAAGAACAGAUGUUAUCAGAGAUUAUGGAUUGUUGGAACUUGCCGAAUCUGUUGCACGGACAAAUCCGGAUGGGACCAAAGGUGUGAAGCUUCGCAAAUCGUAUAAAAGUCAUAUAGCGGAUUUGCCUGGUAAGUACACCAUUCCGAAGGGUACGACACUUUCUCCAAUUAUAUGUGUUCCGGAUAAUCCAGAUAUGAUCCAACCUGAAAUAAAGCCGUUUGAAAUCGAACGAUUGAAGCGUCUCUUCAACUUUGAGAAGAGUUCUGUUAACGGGAUCCCUGGAUUUGAUGCCAGUAAGUUGGCCAUUGGAAGUAGCGACUUCUCAGAUAAGAAUAGAAAGAGAAUGUCAUCACCAGAUGAGAGGUCAGAUUUGAAGAGGCGUCAUGUUCGUGUGAAGUUUGAUUGA